AUGCUAGGGGACUCAGCAGUGUUAGGAACAGGAGGAGGAGGAGGAAGCUCAGGAGAUGGAGCAGGAGCAUCAGCCUCAGCCUCAGCCGGAGCUUAUCAUGACGGCGGCGACACGGUGGCUGGUGGCGGUGGAUCAAUUUCAGGAGAUGAUGAAAGAGGAGGUGGUAGUAGAAAUGAAGAGGGUGGUGAUAGAAAUUUUGGUGGUAAUAGAUGGCCAAGACAAGAAACUAUUGCUUUGUUGAAGAUAAGGUCUGAAAUGGAUGUAACUUUCAGAGAUGCAAGCGUUAAAGGUCCCUUAUGGGAUGAAGUUUCAAGGAAAAUGGCCGAUCUUGGGUAUCACAGAAACUCCAAAAAAUGCAAAGAAAAAUUUGAGAAUGUUUACAAGUAUCACAAAAGAACCAAAGAAGGAAGAGGUGGAAAAUCAGAAGGUAAAACUUAUAGAUUUUUUGAUCAAUUACAAGCCCUUGAAAAUAACCCUUCAAUUCAAUCACCAAGAACACAAACACAGUUGAAUAUUUCAACAUUACCUCCAACAACACCUUCAUCAUCAUCAUUACCAAUUUCAACUACAUCAACUACACCUACAACCACAAAUCCAUUGCUAUUGCCACCGUCAUUGUUAAACUCUACACCUCCUAUUACUAUUCACACCCCUUCCAUCACCACCGCCGCGACCACCGCCACUGUUCCAUUGACAACUACAAUUACACCACCAAUUCCAAUGUCUUUACCUCAAGUUCAAAACAUUGCGUCACAAUCCAACCCUACAUAUUUUCCACCAAUAUCAUCCACAACAAUAACAAAUCCUACAAAUACUAAUAACCCUCUUCCUCAAAUUACCAUUACACCCCCACCAUCUUCAUUCCCGAACACUUCAACUGAUUUCUUCUCGAAUUCGAGUUCAUCUUCAACUUCUUCGGAGGAAACAACGACAAUGGAAGGUGAGGGAAACCGGCGGAAACGGAAGAGGAAAUGGAAGGAUUUCUUUGAGAGACUAAUGAAGGAAGUUGUGGAGAAACAAGAGGAGCUGCAUAAGAGAUUCUUGGAAGCUAUUGAGAAAAGAGAAUUGGAGAGAGGUGCUAGAGAAGAAGCAUGGAGGUUGCAAGAGAUGCAAAGGAUUAAUCGAGAAAGGGAAAUUCUUGCUCAAGAGAGAUCUAUUGCUGCAGCUAAAGAUGCUGCUGUUAUGGCUUUUUUACAAAAGAUUGCUGAUCAACAACAAGAUCAACAAAAUGUUGUUGUUCCUGUUGCAUUGAACACCAGCAUUGUUCCUCAACAACAACAAGCACCACAAGAACCGACACCUACACCGACACCGACACCGACACCAACGCCGUUACCAGCACCUGCAGCAGUGCCAGCGCCAACACCAGCGCCAACAGCAGCUCCAGCACCAAUCCAGACACCAAAACCAAUGCCGAUGCAGAUACAAAUACAACCACAGCAACAAGUUCAAACUCAGACUUCGGCAGUGCAAGUGCAACAAACAGCACCGGUUAUUUCUCAGGCUUUACCUUUGGCGCAACAACAACAGGUUCAGGUUCAAGUUCAGCAGCAAGCGACGAAUAUGGACAUUGUGAAAAGUGACAACAAUGGUGAGAGUUUGAUGCAAGCAAGUUCAUCAAGGUGGCCGAAGACCGAGGUUGAGGCAUUGAUAAGGCUGAGAACAACUCUUGAUAUGAAGUACCAAGAAAAUGGACCUAAAGGGCCAUUAUGGGAGGAGAUUUCAGGGUUGAUGAAGAAUCUGGGGUACAAUAGGAAUGCAAAGAGGUGCAAAGAGAAAUGGGAGAAUAUCAACAAAUACUUCAAGAAAGUGAAGGAAAGCAACAAGAAGAGGCCGGAAGAUUCGAAGACAUGUCCAUAUUUUCACCAACUCGAUGCUCUAUAUCGGGAGAAGAACAAGGGUGAGGGCUCCAGCGCGUCAAGGCCCGAGGGAACAAUGAUGGCGCCAUUAAUGGUGCGGCCAGAGCAGCAAUGGCCUCCACAGCCGCAGCCGCCACAAGUAACUAGGGCAGAUGUGACCAUGGAGGAUGCUGAGAAUGACCGGCCGCGCCGUGAUGAUGAAGAGUAUUACGACGAUGAGGAUGGUGAUGACGAUGACGAAGACGAAGGAAGUGACAACUAUGAAGUGGUUGCAAACAAACCUCCACCACCUCAAUAA